UGACAUUUGUCAAAGUCAACAAAAAAUUACUAACCUUCCUUUUUUUCUCUUUGAGUGAAAAACUAAGGAUUAAAUGGGAAUAAAUUUCGUGAUUCAAUAUAAUUAUUAAUUGCUGGAUGCUUAGCAGCAAAAAGCGAGUAAACAAUUUGUACGGUAAAUGCCUGCUUACUAAAUCUUAAACUGUACAGUUUUUUCGCUAGGUAGUGCGCGCCGGUGAAAUUGUGAUCAUGGCGAAUCCGUCAUCAGGCGUUGUGGUGCCUCGAAACUUUCGUCUGCUAGAAGAACUUGAACAAGGCCAAAAGGGAGUGGGCGAUGGAACCAUAUCUUGGGGACUCGAGAGUGAUGAUGACAUGACCCUUACUCACUGGACUGGGAUGAUAAUUGGCCCCCCUAGGACGCCUUAUGAAAAUAGGAUGUAUUCACUUAAAAUUGAGUGCGGUACCAGAUAUCCUGAUGCACCUCCAACUGCUCGCUUUAUUUCUAGAAUCAACAUGAACUGUGUAAACAGUCAGACUGGACUUGUUGAUAAUAGACAAGUUCCAAUUCUUGCUAGAUGGGAACGUGAUUACACUAUCAAGACAGUUCUGCAGGAACUGAGACGUCUCAUGACACUGAAGGAAAACAUGAAGCUGUCACAGCCACCAGAGGGAAGCACUUUCUAGUUUCUAUUUUGAAAAGUUUUCUCAAUAGACCCAAUCUACCUGUUUUUUCACUUUGAAUUCUCACAAUGCUGUAAUAUUGUGUUUCACUUACAUAUUUGAUUUUGACUUCAAUAUAAGUAAUACUAUGCUAGUGUGUAUCUUAGACUUGUAUAAUUGCAUUUAUUGUGCCCUGAGUCAGUCUUCUGUGCUAAGUGCAAGGUUACUUUGAUUUAAUAUUUGUAGAUUGGGUGAAUAAGUAAGAAUUCAGUUUACAUAGCUAUUCAAUUACCCAUACAGAGGGUAACACCCAUUUAUUUAUCAUAUUACCUAAAUUAUUGUGGCCUUUAAAAGUUAAACUUGCUUUUGGUAUUAUUAAGGCUAGUUUUACUGAUGUCUUGGUUUAGGUAAGUGUUCUUAUGUCCAAGCUAUAUAAUACCUACAACUAAUCAUUUAUUUGUGACCUCUUGUGGAAAAUAUGCAUUUUUGUUAUAUUUCUGGGCAGAAUGUAUUUUUAAUCCUGUGUAUCUGUGUCUAAAAUGUAAAGGAUUUAUUUCUAUGUAAUUAGUUAUUACUGAUUUCAUGUGACCGAAAAUUGCUUAUUUUUUUUAUAGUUUAACUUGAUCAAGUGUAAAAUAUUGUAGGAAAUUUUUAUUUCUUAGGAACAUAAGAUAAAGUACCACUGGUUCAUUUUCAGCUUUGCAUCAGGUUAAAUGUUUCUCUCAAACACAUUACUAAUGCAUGUAAUGCAAUCUAAUGGCUACCAACUAUCAAGUAGCUUGUCAAUUUGGGAACUACAUAAUUAAUAAUUCAGUUCCCAUGCAUCUGUUAUGCAUGAAUUUAAUGUUACAAACCAAAUGCUAAGUCAAAUUGUUUCAUAGCAUUAAAUAUUUUUACCAAUGUAUAACUAGCAAAAAUAAAUAAAUCAAAUACAUAACACUGUCA